AGCUCUUACAGCUUCAUCAUGUCUACCGACGUCUUGUCACAUUUUGGGGUUCUUGACGAUCUCAUACACAUAAUCUACCAGGGUUUUGACCGAUAUGUUGUACUAUCACGAGUAACCGAAUCUGCAUGGUCGAUUUACUUAGGCCUCAAGGGACCAGAAGGCAGGUGGUGGCGAGGCUCCUGGUCACCCAAACACAUCCUUAACAUCACCAAAGGUCAAUCAACCCCUCAAGUACUCGAAAACUUUGCUGAAAAGCUUCGGUCGACAUUUGUAAAUGGUGACCUUGCCAUCGGAGAAUGGACUGAGAAGGACUCGGAUAUCAACCUUACUUUCAGGCCAACUGCCAAACGUCCACUACACAUGGCUCUAAAAGAAUUGUCCGCAGCUGAAGCUUCAUCUCAUGCAAUCGCGGUGUUCAUUGAUAUUGCGCUACAAGCUCAGUCCCGCAAAUGCCAUCUAAACCCUCUUUUCUCGCCUCGCAACGUCCCCGUUAUUGCAGAGUCGUCCCACGCUAAUUCAGCUUCAACACUUCCGUCAAGACGUGCACCCUUGGACCUGAGUCAGGACCCUGUCUCCGCUGUCAAUCAGGCAGCUAAACGGAAAAUAAAGGCUCUCGAAGCGGAACUAGCUCGUUCAAAAGAAAGAUCGCCGCCGGGUGAUGCAAUAUCCAAACCUUCAGCCAGUUCUCGACCUCCCAAGGGCGCAUCUUUGGCCAAUCCGAAUAAAAAGGCAAGGAAGUACCAAGCUCUCGAAUUCGAAAGUGAUGAAGACUAGUCAGCUGUGUAUAUCACAUGCACCGCAAAGCAUUAAUUAGUUCACCGGCGCCUGGGCAUUGGGCAAUUGGCCAGAUCCAGCCAGUGCUGCGGUGUCACUGACAACGGGAGACGAAUAAAUUAUCUUGAGCUAUCCUGUGAUUGCUGACAUCUUCCAACUCGUUAUGUUGUGACUCAUAACGUUCACUGUGAUUCUUCAACAAAUGGCCUUGUCCCGAGCGGGUGCUUGCCAGUUUACCCUCAAUAUUUGAUUUACAUAGCAUGUUCCGUGACUUUUACCAAAUAAGACAUCCCGAAAUAGAAGCUAUAUGUAUAAGCGCCGAAAGC